AUUAUCUCGACAGCAGAGAAAAUUCCUUCCCCAACUUACAGCCCUAUCUUUUCCAUGACAAUGCCACUGCUUCUAACUAUCCGCGAUGCGCUUAUGCUUAUAUCUCAUUUGUUUCGAUGCUAUUUCGCUGGACGUCAACCCCUCCUGACAACAAUAGCAUCACCAUCAUUAGCAACUUCGCCACUAACAACAGUAACAAUAACAAAAACAGGCAAGUUUACAGCCCCGUCAAAUGCCCAACAUAUUCCAUCUAAAAAGGUUUUUGCGACCCAAACAAAAGAUUCUUCCAUCUCGUACUCGGGACUGUAUUCCGCUGUCCCUGAAAAUGUCACUGGUAAUAGUACCUCUUCGGCCGAAAAAAGCAAGAAUCGAAGCGGUAGAACGUUUGUGAAUCCAAACUUUGACAAGGACGCCAACUGUGUCUUCCCAGGUCAGGACUAUGUAAAGCGCAACGGCCGUCAGGGCCGGCAGCAGCAAUACCAAUCGUCGCAGCAGGCGGUCCAUCACUUCUACCAUUACAUGAGCAACAAAAACCCCGAUUUCAAGCAAUACAAGCCUUUUUACCCCUCACCUCAGUCGAAAGAGCGCCAUGACCGGAAAUCAGUCUUUCUACCUUAUGUAAAAGACAUUGAUGCCAUUCCAGAGGAUGUGCGAUAUUGGCACGACGAGAAGCAUUUCAUCAUCAAAGACCGAUUUCCAAAGUCGACUGUCCAUCUUCUUGUAAUGCCUCGCGUACAAAUUGAAAAGUUGUACAAUCUUUCAGGAGAGGAGGGAAUCGCCACUGUUAAAGGUUUGAAAGAGCGAGGUGAAUGGCUCAUUCAGAGGCUGAAGACUGAUUUCCCGCAUCUCUCGUUUACCAUGGGUUUCCACACUUUCCCAAGUAUGCUCCAAAUUCAUCUUCAUGUCAUCUCCACAGACUUUUGUGGUGCAUCCAUGAGGACUCCUUGGCACUUCAAUUCGUUCACGACAGAGUAUUUUAUCCAUCCAGAAGACAUGCUCAGAUUCCUUGAAAAACGCAGGUCCUUUCAGCUCGCAAGGCAUGAGGUCCUUCAGUACAAGAAGAAAAAUCUAGCUCCACUCAAGUGUAACCAAUGCGAGACUUACCCAGCGAAUAUGUACGAGUUGAAGAAGCAUUUAGGGGAACAUUUACAACAACAAAUGCUCUUAGCCAACUGUCAAUCAGCCUAA